AUGGGCAGCACCAUUUCUGGGGUGCAUGUGACCUCUUUGGGGGUGUCACUGGUGACUGUUCCACGCCACUGCCACCCCUGCACCACAUCCCCCAGGACAUGGGAACACUCCCAGCUCAGCAUCAUCAUCAUCACCAUCCCACCCACCACCAUCAUCAUCAUCAUCCCCAUCAUCAUCAUCAUCAUCGCUGCCAGAUGCAAAUUGAUAAACUCCAUCCGGCACAACCUGUCCCUGCACACCCGCUUCAUCCGCGUGCAGAACGAGGGCACGGGCAAGAGCUCCUGGUGGAUGCUGAACCCCGAGGGCGGCAAGACGGGGAAGACGCCGCGCCGGCGGGCGGUCUCCAUGGACAACAACAGCAAGUUCCUGCGCAUCAAGGGCAAGGCCAGCAAGAAGAAGCAGCUGCAGGUGACGCAGGAGCGCGGGGAGGACAGUCCUUCCUCCCAGCAGGCCAAGUGGUCGGAGAGCCCCGCGUCCCACGCCAGCGACGAGUACGACGCCUGGGCGGACUUCAGGACGCGGGCCAACUCCACGGCCAGCACGCUGAGCGGGCGCCUCUCCCCCAUCAUGUCCAACCACGAGCCCGACGAGCUGGAGGAGGACGACGGGACCCCUUCCUCCCCGCUGAUGUACCCCAGCCCCUCCAGCACCAUGUCUCCUUCCCUCAGCGCCCGCUGCUCCGUGGAGCUGCCCCGCCUGACCGACCUGACCGGCACCAUCAGCCUGAACGAGAGCCUCGGGGAGAGCAUGCUGGAAGAUCUGCAGGAUGGCUACAGCAUGAGCCCCUCCCAGCAGCUGCCCCCGGCCGCCCUGCGGCAGCGGAGCUCUAAUUUCACCUUCAACUCCAAGUGCUCCACCAUGGGGGCUGCCACCAACACGUACUGCGGGACCAUCUACAGCCAGCCAGCCAUGAGCCUCAUGCGCCGCCUGCCCAUGCAGACCAUCCAGGAGAACAAGCAGGCCACCUUCUCCCCCGUCAGCUCCUACAGGAACGCCUCACUGCAGGACCUGCUCUCCUCCAUCUCCUACGCGCACAAGGAGAGCAUGGUCCCGGGGGACCUGCCCCUGCCCCAGGCCAGCCCCAUGGUGCCGGCCCGUGGCCACAGACACAACCCGCUGCUCUGCGGGGGCGGGGAGCAGGGCUUGUCCUCCUACCCGGCCCACUCGGGCUCUCUCAUGAAGAGCAACGCUUUGUACCACCCGUCACCAGCCAGCCACCACCACCACCACCACCCUGCGGUCAACGCCAGUGCCUUAGCUAAUCCUGUUAGCCUUAUGAGCUUGCCCAGUGACACGUGCAGCAUGACGGCCGUGCCGCACCACGGGCACCUGCAUCCCUACGCCAAUAACCAAGGGGCACACAUGAGCUUGCUCGAUUCGCUGCAGGGCCCCUACCCGGGGGCCGUCCACCCCCCCGUGUUGGGCCAAGACAGGUUCCCAGCAGACCUGGACCUGGACAUGUUCAACGGGAGCCUGGAGUGCGACGUGGAGUCGAUCAUCCUGAAUGACUUUAUGGACAGCGACGAGAUGGACUUCAACUUCGACUCGGCUCUCCCGCCGCAGAACGGGCUCAACGUGCCCGCCCUGCCUGGGGGACCCCAGCCCACGAACCAGAGCUGGGUGCCCGGGUGA